AUGAUCGCUCCACAACUUCAUUUCUUGGCUGAUAUAGCUGAUCAAAUGGAACAAAUCACUCAUCAUGACGAGGAACAUGACCAAUCAUCAAAUGAAGAAAACACUCAUGAUGAUCAUCAACAAUUGUUAUUCAAAUAUCUAGCUGAAUCGUUGCAAAAACAACAGCAACAACAUUUACUGCAGCAACAACAAGUCGGACCCAUUGAUUUUUCCAGAAAUUCCAACACUAGAAAAACAGAUUCGUUGAAUGAUGAUGAUGAUGAUGAUCAUAACACUGAGGACGACGGCGGUGAAGAAGAAGAUAUGGAUCUGCAAGACAAACAGUCUUCUUCUUUGACCACAUCACCAGCAGUUUCCAUGAUACCACCGCUAUUACUUCGAAAUAAACACGGCAAACCCACUCGUCCAUUCAAAGCCUACCCACGUGAUCCUCUCUCAUUGCCACUUGGUUUUUAUUCACCAUUGGUGCCUUCGUCAGAUAAUUUAUUGAAUGUGUUAGCAUCAUCCACAGAUGAUUUUUCCAGCCAAUUCCGUAAACGUAUUCAACAAGCUCAAGAGCGCUUGCUAAAUCGCUCGAAAGAUUCGCCAACGAAAGCUUCCACUCAACCAUCAGACAAACUUCCUAGUCCAUCAUCGACAACCAACGCCAUACCGCCGAAGAAACGUUAUCGGCCAAAUACUCCACCACCAGAGAUUUCUACGUCCAAUCCUACUCAACAAGCGAAUCAAGACACAGAUACGAAAGAUGAUGCCUAUUGGGAGCGACGACGAAAAAAUAAUGAAGCUGCCAAACGUAGUCGAGAUGCACGACGUGCAAAAGAAGAUGAAAUAGCACUUCGAGCGGCUUGGCUUGAACAAGAGAAUCUCAAACUUCGACUUGAAAAUGCACAUUUAAAACAGGAAAAUGUUCAACUUCGUUGCCAGAUCUACGGUUCCGCAGAUAUGUCUAAUCCAUCAUCAUAA